CGAAGGGAGGGGGGAAGGGCAGGUUCUACUACCUAGCACACAGGAGAGGAGAGAGUUUGUAGAGCGAUUUGGACUCUUUGGACUUUUCCCAGUCUACCAACCGUCUUCCUGCUUGAUCCGCGUCCACUCUGAACAAAGCGAGCAGAUAGGUCAUCCGAGCGCGAGCGCGUGGGUCUGGGCGGUUGUGUUGUUGUGGUUAUGCUUCCCCCGAGGCUGUCCAUAAGCAAGCCUGCGUCAGUAACAAUUGUUCUGUCUCAUGUUCAUCCUCGGAACCUGAGCGAACCGACCCGCAGCGCGCGUACGAGCUUCGGGUGGCUGUAGCAAGAGGCAGGGCGCUAUUCUGUGCUUGCGUAUGUGUGGGCGGCUUGAGUAGUGUGUGUGUGUGUGUGUGUGUGUGUGUGUGUGUGAGAGAGAGAGAGAGAGAGAGAGAGAGAGAGAGAGAGAGAGGCGGGGGAAAGUGUGGGAGAGGAGAAGCGAGUAUACGGUAGCGAGAGUCGGAAAAGGAGGACAGGUUCUACGUGCAGAGCAGUGAAGGAAACGGUGUGUCUUAGCGAUGGCCGUUAAGAAAAAGGAAAAGAUGGAGCCGGAAGAGGAAGUACCUGAUAGCAUGCAGGGGGACGAGACGGAGAAUGAAGAUAAGGUAGACAGAGGAGCGUCUCCAGAUGGAGGACAAGCAGGCUCGAAGUCAAGUUCAGGAGGCAAGAUCUUCAUCGGCGGACUAUGCUGGGAGACGACGACAGAAAAUCUGACCAGGCACUUCAGGAAGUAUGGAGAAAUUAUCGAUGCCGUCAUCAUGAAAGAUCGGAACUCGGGUCAUCCUCGUGGUUUUGGCUUCGUCACAUUUCGGGAUCCAUCCAUAUGUGAUCGUGCGCUGAAGGACACGCAUUGCAUCGAUGGACGAACGGUCGAAGUCAAGAAAUCCGUUCCAAGGGAGUGCAUGAAAGGGCCAAGGACGAAAAAGAUCUUUGUGGGUGGCUUGCCGCCAUCUAUUACCGAUGCGGAAUUUAAGGAGUAUUUCUCGAAGUUCGGUAAGGUAGAAGAGCAUCAGAUUAUGCAGGAUCAUCACACAGGGCGCUCACGCGGGUUUGGUUUCGUCACGUUCGAGAGCGAGAACACAGUGGAGGAGGUGCUUGCGGAGGGAACACGGCAAGAAAUUGGGGGUAAAGAGGUGGAAAUCAAGAAAGCGGAGCCGAAGCGCCCACCUGAAGCCGGCGGCUUCGGAGGGCAAGGGGGCUUUGGCCCCCCCGGUGGGUACGGAGGAUAUGGCGGCCCAGAGGCGCUGGUUACGGCGGAGGCUAUGGCCCUGGAGGAUAUGGUGAUGGGUACGGCGGGGGAGGCGGUGGGUUCGGCGGCGCUUAUGGCGGAGGCUAUGGCGGCGGGGGAUACGGUGGCCCCGGAGGCUAUGGCGCAGGGAGAGCCCCGGGUGGCGCUGGAGGUUUCGGUGGACGCGCCGGUGGCUAUGGCGGAAGCGCGGGCAGCGGAGGGUACGGCAGCGCGGGAAGCGGUUAUGGCAGCGGGGGGGGGGGGGGGGGGGGGGAUGGGCCUGGGCGGAUAUGGGGGAGGCGGGGGUGGGGGUGGGUAUGGUGGUGGGAGCUCCCUUGCUGGAGGUUAUGGAGGUGGUGGCAGCUCGUACGGCGGGGGAAGUUCGAUGAGCGGGGGUUAUGGGAGUGGGCUUGCCUCUUACAGUGCAGGCCUAGGGUCGGGCGGGGGUUAUGGCAGCAGUCUGGGUGCCUAUGGUGACGGAGACUCCCCCUAUGGGAGCGGUGGGUAUGGGAGUUAUGGCAGCGCCGGAGGCAGCGGCGCUGGUUAUGGAGGGGGUGCUUAUGGGGCUGGUGGAUAUGGUAGCGGUAGCUUAGGGGCCAGCGGAUACGGUAGUAGCAGAGCUGGAUAUGGCGCCGGUGGUGGUCCUGGGCCUAGCAAUGGGCGUUACCACCCUUACAACCGCAGCUGAGAGGCGCAUACGUCGAUACAAAGUCUCUUGUUGGUGUUCAUCGUGAGCUCUUGGGCAGCCGUUUGUGGAGUUGCCACGCAUGAUCGACGUCUGAGGAAGCCGGUGUUCUUCUUUCCGUGUGCGCUUGUGUUCUCCCUCUUCACUCGCACUCCCUCCACGCCGUGAUGUGUGCUAAUGCGUCGGUGCUGUCGCCAAUUCAAGUGGACUUUUGAACUUGUCGAGGUGUAGGUUAGGAACAGAACUCGCUUGAAAUUUUUGCUUCUUUGGGCCAUCCUUCGCCCUCUCCGUUUUGAUACAAGUGUAGUAGAGGCUCCGCUUCGAAAAGGAACUGUUUUCAUUCUCUCCACGUUGUUAGUCUCUUUUCUCUUCGUCAGAAAACUUGAUGCUCGUUAUUUGCCUGUGACAUUAUGAAUGUAGUCGACACCCUUGUCCCAUAACGUUGGCUGGUCAUUUGGAAGGGUUAGUGGGGGCUCUGCUGCCGCGAACUGGAUUGUCUCACGCCUGUGUUGGUUUUAAAGUAUAUUCACCCACCCAGCGACAUCAUCCAAUUGUAUGUGAGUCGAUUUAGCGUCCAACAUUUUUCGGUGUCUCUUGUAACAUUAUGAUGCAACGUAAGGGAAUCUUUGUCCAUGUCAUGUCGUUGGCUGCCCCCCAAGAAAGGGAUGUUUGUGUCAGUUGAUUUAUUAGAAACCUGGUGUCUGGGGAUUGUGCGGGUGUGGGUGUGGUGAAGGAUAUUGCGGGACUGUGUGGGUGUGGUGAAGUGUAUUGGGGAAUUGUGUGGCUGUUGCAAGUAUAUUAUAUUAUUAACCCUUGCGAUGGGACAUGAUCUGAUGUGAUCU